GUUUUUGAAUGAGUCACUGUGUUAGAUCCCAAAUCGAGAAACUUUGUAAAGAAUAUCAAAACACCUGUUACGCAUUGGCGGAAUACACGCAGUGCUAGACUUGCAUGCGUGCACGGUGUUUACACGUCCACUGAAUAACACAGCUGUCUUGUUAAACAGUUUUGAUCUGUCACCGAUUGAUGAAUCUAGAUAUGAUUAUGAUAUGUUGAUGAUUCUAAUACGAUCAGAUGAUGGCACCUUUACGAAGAGUACGGGGGGUGUUUUGGUUGCUUUGGGUGUGUUAUAUUCCGGUGGCAAUCCACUCGCAGAACUCGUCAACAAUAGUCACAACAACAGCAUCCAAUGAUACAGCGACAGAACCUCUUCAAAAUACAUCUCAAUACUCACCAGUAAUCACCGAGUUGAUUACAGAGUUAUUUACAGUCUACGAGGAUACAGACUCAACGACCCUAGAAAGCUCUACUGAGAGAGGGACUCGCAUUCCCAGGGAUGCUCAUGAUGAAAGAGCUUGCCGCUAUCAACCAUGUUUAGACAAUGGAGAUUGUAUUUUAGAUGACAGUGCUAGAGGUUAUAGGUGUGACUGCAGACCAGGUUAUUCAGGGAGACGAUGCGAGGUUUACACCGAUCCAUGUUCAUUGAGUCCAUGCUAUGAGAACGAGAUAUGUGAAACUAUUGUAGAUGCAGACUUUACUUGUACUCUAUUCAACAUGACUACGCCUGCACCACCACCACCGCCCAAGCAAUUAUCACUUGGUACGAUCAUCUCCAUUGGGGUUCUGUGCGUGGUUCCUGUUCUCUUUCUUCUCUUCAUCUUAUUGCUGUUGUGGUUGACAACAUGGCGCCAUAUACAUCAAGAGCCUCUAUGUUCAUCAGGUCCUAGUCAUUCAGAUGGAAAAUAUCAACAAGAUAAUGGAGAGGUCUACUAUGAUGUCUAUAAUAAAAGGGCAUCUAAGAUCUACCUGAUCUCGAAUGGGAAUGCUACUCAUCGAACGCAACACCUUCAAGAGAAAUGGAGCAUUCCUGAGAGUGAGCUGGAGAUGGGCAAACUACUCUACAGCGGAGAGUUCUCAUAUGUAUGUGAGGGAGACCUCAAGCAAGGCAGUGAUGUCCCAAUCAAAGUCGCUAUUAAACUACACAGAGAUGAGAAUGAUCAAGAGUCGAUAACUGAAAUGAGGAAUGAAUUCCAGGUUCUAGCCAACCUUGGCAAGCAUCCAAACAUCCUCAUGCUCCUAGGACAAUGCAACAGAGUCUUUGAACAAUCAGUUCAAACAUGCCUGGUGAUGGAAUACGUUGCUCGUGGUGACAUGCUGCGAAUUCUUCGUCGAUGUCGUAGUCGAAAGCGAGAUCAACCUCCUUUUGAACCAUUGCCUCAGGAUGAAUUACUCAACUUUGCUUGUGAUAUUGCACAAGGGAUGCGACACAUAGCUGCUCUUAGGUACGUGUACAUGAACCUAUGUGCCAAGAAUGUUCUUAUUACGUUCAACAACAAGGCUAAACUGUGUGAUUUCAGCAUGGCUACAGAGGUUCAGAAACCAUUGAAUAUACCAAUACCAUUCAUCGAACCAAGAAAUCGUGGAAUGAAGAGAUGGAUGGCUUAUGAAGCCUUGUUAGAAGGCCAAUAUACCAUGAAGAGUGAUGUAUGGUCCUAUGGCAUUGUCCUGUGGGAGAUUGUUACCUUAGGUGGAGUGCCGUAUGCUAACAAGCGUGAAUCGGAUGUGAUCAAUGAGCUUCGUGAUCACAAUCGUUUAGAAUGGCCCAAGCAUUGCUCCCCAGACCUGUAUGAUGUCAUGCUAAGAUGCUGGCACAGGAGACCAGAAAGCAGACCAACCUUCGAUAGAAUCCUCAAAGAUAUGAAGGCUCUCAAGAAGACUGGCACGCCUCAGAUCAAUUUGAAGGACUACGCAUAUCAGAUGUAUGCACCCAUCAGACUGGAUCUAGAACCAAGCAAUGGAAUUACAGACUCAUUCGUCUAAUCAACUCAACAAUACUCUGCUCUUGCUGUAGGGUAAGAAUAGCCAGAUAAUGAAACGUGUUUCAUUUUCUACGACCGGAGAAUGAAGGCUUAAGAGCAACAGUGUAACAAAUGUGAUACGUUUACUUCAAAAUGUUAGAAUUAUUAUCACACGAGUAUCAUAUGAACAAGGAAUAAUUUGGGUUUUGAAUAAUAUAUGAUUAUAUUCUCAUUGUAAAAGGGUAGUUUGCAAAUUGUCUGUUUGGAGUCAGAUAGGCGUUAAUCUGUAUACUUUGAUACAGAGUUGAUGCACUUCUGGCUCUGAACAAAUGAAAUAUAAUGUAAACAGGGAAUGUUUGGGAUUUUUAAAAUAUAAUCUCAUUGUAUUUGAAGAAUAUUAUUGUAUUCAUUGUCAUAGAUAAAUUGUUGUAUUAUGGAUGUAAACAAUAUGAAUAAUGUAUGACUCAUGUCAAAAUGUUUAAUGGCCAAAUGAUUCAUUAAAGAUAUGAUACAAUUUAAAAGCCUCCUCAAAAUGUACAAUGUUAUAUCAAUAGCUGAUAUUGAUAAAGAGCCUUUCAAUAUAUACUAAAUAUCAAGUAACUUAUAUAUGCAACUCAUUAAUUAAUAACAAGUGUGUUUCAAUUAAUUCUUUGUGUAUCGAUCAUGUGUUUACUGUGUUUUCAUGGUUUUGUUUUGUGGAACACACACCAGGAAAUAUAAUUUUCUUCUUUAAAGGUAGCAGUACCUAUUUGCCAAACUACUAAGCAAACUUCCAUUAAAUAGUAAAUGACAACAUUGAUAGUAAUGAAAAAACAGACAAAUAUGGAGCAUAAUAAACACAUAAUUAUUAUGUCUUUAUUGAAUAUUUUAAGGACAAAAAAAGUAUAUAGUGUUAAGGUAAACAUUAUUUCUCUAAUAUAAAUUCACUUACAGAAAAAAACGUUUAUGACAUUUUGACAUAAGAAAAUGUCAAAUCUUUAAACAAAUGCAUGUUGACCAAAAAUAAUGUUAUUCAAAGCAAUUAUGAGAAUUCCUAUCCGUUCAUAGCAAAGCAUUCGGUAGUAGAUAUUGUGGAAAGUAGACAUAUUGGAAAGAAUACUUAUCUCAGUUUUUUAUGUGAUAUGGUACUUGUGAGAAAGAUAUUACAAAUUUAAAAUCUAAACAUCAACUAGGUAUACUUUGAGGCAAACUUGAAAUGUUAUUGUAAUAAGAUAGUGUACAAAUAAUACACAGCAGUGAGGGCAUUAGUAAGAAUUAUACACACAAGGUACCUUUGGAACA